GUUGAGAAAAGGCGUUAUGAUAAUAUGAAAAUAAGGGAACGCAUGCGACUCUCGAACGUUGGUGAUUACGAAUUGGGUCCUCGUCACACUCCUCGAACUUAAUUAUCGUUAAUAACGCGUCACAUUUGCACGGAAUUGAAAUGGCAGAGAGUGACGCUCAAAAGUUGCAGUUGAUGCAAGAAUUGGAAAUCGAAAUGAUGGCAGACAUGUACAACCGUCUAACUACAGCAUGCCACAAAAAGUGCAUUCCUCCCGUUUACAACGACGCGGAAAUUGCCAAAGGCGAAGCCGUUUGCAUUGAUAGAUGUGUGGCCAAAUUUCUAGACAUCCAUGAACGCAUUGGCAAGAAACUUGGCCAACUUUCAAUGCAAGACGAGCAACUUCUUAAGAAAUAAUUGGAGCGCCCCGUAGUUGGACUUAGUUAUGUUUUGUUUUUGUUUGUAAUUUAAUUUUGUAAUGUUGGUUUAUUCUAGAGGUAAUAAACUUGACUAGACAAA